CACUAACAGAAAAGGUUUUACAAGUCAGAAUGUCCUUGCAAUAUGCGAUUUUGACAUGAGGUUCACAUUUGCUGUUCCUGGAUGGCCUGGGUCUGUUCAUGAUACCCGUGUAUGGACUGAUGCUCGGCCUAGGUUCCACAAUUAUCCGCACCCUCCUCAUGGAAAAUACUAUCUUGUUGAUUCUGGAUACCCAAACAGAACCGGUUAUCUUGCUCCUUUCAAAGAGCAGCGGUAUCAUGUUCCAGAUUUCCAAGGUGCGCCUCCGCAAAACAUGCAAGAGAAAUUCAACCAUCUUCAAUCGUCUCUACGAAAUGCCAUUGAAAGAGCAUUUGGCGUUCUAAAGUUGAAGUGGCGCAUUCUGCUUUCUAUACCACAUUACCACGACCCUCUGACACAAACAAAGAUCAUCACUGCAUGCAUGUGUUUGCACAACUUCAUCCGAGAAAGCAAGCUAUAUGACGACCAUUUUGACAGGAUGGAGAGAAGCUCAUAUAUCUACGAGGAUAGCGCGUCUUUUUCAAGUGGACAUGCUUCUUCUUCAUCUGAUGGCGUCAUGGGUGCCCUACGACAAAGUAUUGCUGAAAGUUUGGUUGCUUGAGUGGUUAUUAUUGUAGUUUCGGAUCCACUAAGACAUUUAUUUAUUUUAUUUUGCAUGUAGUAAAC